GGUACAAAGAUGCGAUUCACUCACCGAUUAAACGUUCUGAUCUCCCAGAAUCAACGGACAACGGUUACUGUGUCCCCUGGCUUGGGACUGGUAAACACAUUAACACCCAGCGACUGAUAGGCUGUUUCUCGUGUUGCUUCUCCUACUUUCCCGCAUUUUGCUAGUUUUGUUCCCUACGAGUUGCCGUCCCGUCACAGCGGGACCUAUGAAUAGGCGGGUAAUGAAUAGCGGUAUAGAGCGUGUACAGGCUGCGUGCCGGUGACUGUCAGCAUGGAGCUUCCGGGUAAUGAGCCGCCCCCUCCAGCAGAGGAUGAAUGGCUGGAAAUGAUGAUGGAGACGAGUUUUAACGAGGCCGAACAAAAGCCGAAACACAGAUACCCAAAAAUUACUAUCCCGUGGAGUAAAUUAUGCAGAGGCCUCAACAACAGAUACUGCGUUCUGGAUGUUAAGGAAGUGUAUGGACCGAAGGCGGAAGAGAAACACCUGACUAUUACAGUAUCACAGGAUGGCGGCGACACCGAGCUCUGUAUUCUUAAGGAUGAUUGGGUAACUCUUCAAAUAAACCCUGGAGAUAUUAUUCACUUGGAAGGAAGUUGUGUGCAGGACAAUACUUGGACUAUAAACAGAGACUCGGGAUAUAUUAUUUUGUACCCUGACAUGCUUGUGUCUGGCACCAGUAUAGCAAAUGCAAUUAGGUGUUUGCGAAGAUCGGUCUUAAGCGAAAAAUUCAAGGUUUGUGAUAAAGGAUCUCGUCAGAUGCUGAUAGGCACAAUGCUGCAUGAUAUUUUCCAAAGAGCGACGACACAGGGGUUUACCCAAGAAAUAUUGCAAGAGCUUGCCCUUCAGGCAGUGCAUGGCCCAAAAUAUUUGAAAGAGAUGUAUCAGUUAAAUUUAAAUCAAGCUGAAAUUAUGGAUGAAGUGCAAGAAUACCUGCCGUCGUUCAUUAAGUGGGCCGAUGAUUGCAUGAUUCCUCCAGCUCAAGGCAAAUAUAAACUAUCAAAAUCCGAAGAGCAAAGGCACGUGACAAGUGACAAACAAGUGGCAGAGUUUUUGGACAUAGAGGAAAAUAUUUGGUCCCCGAGGUUUGGCUUGAAGGGGAAAAUUGAUGUAACAGCUAAAGUAAAAAUUCACCAGAAAUCCAAAAGUUAUUUUAAAACCAUGCCUCUGGAACUGAAAACCGGCAAGGAGUCAAACUCCAUUGAACACAGAAGUCAGGUGGUUUUGUACACUUUACUAAGUCAGCAGAGGAGAGAAGACCCGGAAGCUGGUUUACUGUUGUAUCUGAAAACAGGAACUAUGUAUGCAGUGCCUGGAAACCAUCUGGAUAGAAGAGAACUCUUGAAGAUUAGAAAUGGACUGUCCUUUUACCUUACAAAUAUCAUACGCAGAUCAGAUAAUGGAAGUAAGGAAAUUAAACUAGCCUCUCUACCUCCAGUAAUCGCUGAUAGACAAGCCUGCAAAUUUUGCUCACAACAGAGGAACUGUGCCCUUUACAGCAGGUCUGUGGAACAACAAAAUGAAACUUUCUCUGUCCCUUCUGAAAUGAUCCCAGUCAUUGAGAAGGAGACUGAACACUUGAAAGAAUCUCAUCUUCAAUAUUUCAGUCUCUGGUACCUCAUGUGCUCUUUAGAGGCACAUUUAAAGGAAUCUAAAAUGGGACGCCGCAAUAUUUGGUUGAUGUCGGCUUCUGAAAGAGAGGAGGAUGGACAGUGUAUUGGAAGUCUUUUAAGGACUGGUACCGUGCAGCCUUUUUCUGAUGGACAGUACUUGCACUGCUUUCAACGCAAAACCGAUACGAUUCCCAGAACUAACUUGAUAUCUGGGGACAGAGUCGUAGUAAGCGGAGAAGAGAGUCGGUUGCUUGCAUUGUGUACUGGCUACAUCCGGGAAGUGAGCACCGAUAGCAUUACCUGCAUUUUGGACAGGAAUUUAGCGAAGCUUCCCGAGGAUACAUUGUUUAGACUGGAUCAUGAAGAAGGAGGAGGUGGCUUAGAUGCCCACCUGGGAAAUUUGUCAAAGCUGAUGGAAAAUUCUGCUGCAAGCGAGAAGCUGAGGAAUUUGGUCAUUGACUUCAGCAGACCUCAAUUUGUUCAGCAUUUAAGUUCUGUUCUCCCUCACAAUGCGAAGGACACCGUCGCCAAUAUAUUAAAAGGUCUCAAUAAGCCUCAGAAGCAAGCCAUGAAACGUGUCCUACUGUCUAAAGAUUACACUCUUAUUGUUGGGAUGCCAGGGACAGGCAAAACCACUACAAUCUGCACUCUAGUCCGAAUUCUUUACGCGUGUGGUUUCAGCGUGCUUCUGACCAGUUACACGCAUUCUGCGGUUGAUAACAUCCUGCUGAAGCUAAAAAAGUUCCAAGUGGGGUUUUUGCGCUUAGGGCGGACACAAAAAAUACACCCGGAUGUGCAGACGUUUGGUGAAGAAGAAAUAUGCAAGGCCAGGUCGAUAAAAUCUUUAAGUGGCUUACGAGAACUCUACAACAGUCAGCCUGUGGUUGCAACAACAUGUAUGGGCGUCAACCAUCCAGUGUUCACGCAAAGGCGAUUUGACUUUUGCAUUGUGGAUGAAGCAUCGCAGAUUAGUCAGCCAAUUUGCCUUGGCCCCUUAUUCUUUGCAGACAGAUUUGUCUUAGUGGGAGAUCAUCAACAGCUUCCACCCCUAGUUCAGAGCUCCGAAGCAAGAGACCUUGGGAUGAGUGAGAGUUUGUUUAAAAGACUGGAGAAGAAUCAAGAUGCUGUUGUGGAGUUGACCGUGCAGUAUCGCAUGAACAGCAAGAUAAUGGCUCUGAGCAAUAAGCUGGUAUAUGAAGGACGGCUAGAAUGUGCCUCUGAUCGUGUGUCUACAGCAACAGUUCAGCUGCCUCAUUUGAAGACUUUAAAGCUGGAACUUGAAUUUAAGGAGAGUCUUGAAUCUUCAUGGGUUAAAAAUGUAUUGGAGCCUACCAAUCCUGUCUGCUUUCUGAACACAGAGGAGAUCCCGGCUCUAGAAACAGAAGAAAAGGGAGGUGUCAGUAACUGGAUUGAAGCUAAGCUGGUGUUCCACCUGACGUCCCUGUUUCUAAAGGCUGGCUGCAAGCCCUCCGACAUUGGCAUCAUAGCUCCUUACCGGCAGCAAUUGAAAGUCAUUUCUGGUUAUUUGACGUCAUUGUCCUGCAGUGGAGUAGAAGUGAAUACAGUUGACAAAUACCAAGGAAGAGACAAGAGUGUCAUCAUGGUGUCCUUUGUUAGAAGCAAUAUUGAUGGAAGAUUGGGUGACUUACUAAAAGACUGGAGGAGGCUGAAUGUGGCUCUCACAAGGGCCAAACACAAGCUGAUCAUGUUGGGCUGCGUACCAACUCUGUGUCGCUUUGAGUCUUUGGAGAAGCUGAUCACCUUUAUCAAGAGCGAUAACCUCAUAUCCUUUUUAAAAUAG